UUCCGGUUCUCCUAGACUCCGCCCACUCAGGAACACGCCGCGGAUGGUGAUAGUUGCUCUUCUUCUUCUUCUGGUUUGCGUUUCGCGUCUUUUGUGUUGUUUUAAACUUCCUCGAGUUGUCCGGUGUGUGUGCGCGCGCGCGUGUGCAGUGAUUCCUGCGACCGGAAACAAGCGUUUGUGGGGAACACACUGACCGCAGAUCAGCUCCUGAUGAGAGAGAAAGAGAAACGACAAAACACACACACACACUGCUGCUGCUGUUCUGCAGAUGAAGACGUGUCAAUAGACUCUCUCUGAGACACAAACACACACACACACACACACACACACUUAUGCCUGAGAGUGUGUCGCCGGAGCGGAGAUGAGGAGUCUUCCGUGUGUGUGAUGACAACACUGGACGUCCACCUCUCUCUGUGUGUGUGUUAGUAUGUAAAGUCUGCUAGUUAUUUGGAGUUUUCCUCCGUCCUGCAUCACCAUGAGCGGCGGCGGCGGCGGAGACCGGUCCUCCAGAUUAUCGUUUUGGGCGCGUCCGGAGCGUGUGUGUCUGUCCCGCAGCGAGAGCACACCCGGAGAGCCCGUGCUGAAGAUCACCAUCACUGAAACCACCGUGAUCGAAGCCGACGCCGGCAUCUGGAGCUCCAGAGCACUCACACACCUCACACUCUGGUACUUCUUCAGCUUCUGCACACUCUUCCUCAACAAAUACAUCCUCUCACUGCUGGAGGGAGAACCCAGCAUGCUGGGUGCCGUCCAGAUGCUGUCCACGACGGUGAUCGGCUGUGUGCAGAUGUUUGUGCCGUGUCCGCUGUACCAGCAUAAAUCCCGCUCUGAAUAUCCCUCCAACUUCAUCAUGAUCAUGCUGUUUGUGGGACUCAUGAGGUUCACCACAGUGGUGCUGGGUUUGGUCAGCCUGAAGAAUGUGGCCGUCUCCUUCGCUGAGACGGUGAAGAGCUCAGCGCCGAUAUUCACUGUCAUCAUGUCCCGCCUCAUACUGGGAGAAUACACUGUCUGCAGAAUGUGUUCUCCAAGAAGCUGCUGAGUGGAGACAAGUAUAAGUUCAGUCCUCCAGAGCUUCAGUUUUACACCAGCGCGUUUGCGGUCAUCAUGCUCAUACCGGCCUGGAUCUUCCUGAUGGACUUUCCGGGCAUCGGGAAGAGUGAACGCUCCUUCAAACUGUCUCAGGACAUCGUGGUGCUGCUGCUGCUGGACGGGGCUCUGUUCCACUUACAGAGCGUCACCGCAUACGCCCUCAUGGGCCGCAUCUCACCCGUCACAUUCAGCGUGGCGAGCACAGUGAAGCAUGCGCUGUCCAUCUGGCUGAGCAUCAUUGUGUUCAGUAACCCCAUCACGGUGGUGUCCGCCAUCGGGACGCUCAUGGUGUUUGUGGGAGUUCUGCUUUACAACAAGGCCAAACAGUUCCAGAGAGACGCUCUGAUCCAGCACGCUCUCGACCAAUCAACAGAGGCCGAGCAGAAACCCAUGAUCCAGAACGGUGACGUCACGUCCACCAAACUAACCUAACGCACGGGCUCCACACAGACACUGGCUCUGCUCGUAAAGCUGCACACUAUAAAGGCUCGUGAGUUUUUAUAUCAGGUUUCACAGAGGGGUCAUGCCUUAUCAAAAACUGUCACAGUAACUGUGGUUUCGGGACCUAAUCAUUGCUAAAAGUCUAAUAAUGACUUGUGCUGGAUUCGAAGGAAACUCCUGGACAAGCAUUGAAAGAUCAUGUGGUGUUUCACCGUCUGAGGGCUUAAUCUUGAAGUGUAGUUUGAGUGAAUGACGGCCUCCUACCAGCAAAUAUUCACCUCAUAUUUGACCACUAAAUCAACAGGAAUGUUUUCAAUAGUGCCGAUUAAUCGCAUACGAGAUAUAAGUUUGUUUAUAUGUGCGUGUGUGUUUAUAUAAGUGCAUAAAUGUAUAUACUUUCACAAAUAUUUGCAUAUUUAUAUAGUCAUAUUUAUAGAUAAUGUUGUAUAUCUCCUCUAUACAUUUAUUAUAGAUGGAUGUGAAAUAUAAAUAUACAUAAUAAAUGCCCUGAACACAAUUAUGUGUAAACAAACUUUUAUUUUGUAGGCUCUUGGUCACUAUUGCGCACUAGUUUUCUUUUAUUGCGUUAGGACAGUGAUGUUUGUUUGUUUGCGUCGCACUGUGAAUAAAAAAUAAAGUUUCGCAGUGCAAAAAAUAAAACAUUAAUUUCUACCGUGAUAAAUGACACUUAUGGAUUUAUUGAUUUAAAAAAUGAUGUUUGAAAUUUUUUUUUAAGCUAAAUUAAUUGUUUGAUUUUGAGGUGAAUGAGGGUGUUGGACGUUCCUCGAGCUGAUAUUUUGCACAGGAAUCAUUACGGAGAAUGGAAAUGUCUCACAUUCUAUCGUUUGUGUGAAAUUAAUUCUUAUUUUAUAUGUUUUUCGGUGCAUUCCAAAUGCAAUGAUUGUAGCAAACCACAAUCUGCGUCCAUUUUGUAUGUUUCCUAAUAAUGAUUUGCUUUAUUGUUAAAAAAAUUGAGCUAAUAUUUGCCUUAUUUUGGGGUUUAAUGUCUGGAAUAUUGUCCUGUGGUUUAGAUUUGGAACAUCAGAGGUAAUUCUGUCUUUGUGUGUUUUCCCUGUGUGUUUUCAUUAUUGGGGUUUCUGUUUGUUUUCAGUGUUUAGUUUGAGGUUGACUGGAACAGUACAAAACUUGAUGAAAGCUGCAGUUCAGAUUCUCUUCUCGUCUGUGUUUGUGAGACUCACCUGUUUGUUUUGGUCGUUUACUGUAACCACUAAUGGGAAUUCUGUAUAAUUUGAUCUGUGGAUUAAAAGCAUUCAAAUAAAAAUGUGUGUUCGUUUGUCA